AUGGCGGAGAAGGGCCUUGCUAUUGACUACAGCUCCCUUGCGCCAACGACCGAGAUUCGUAUACUUACUCUCGAGCGUGGAAGAGGUGAUGAUCCGAUUGUAUGCACCCUCCGACCUGCGACACGAGAUGGAGCAGAAUACCAUGCUCUGUCAUAUGAAUGUGAAGACGAAAGCAAGAAUGAUCAUUUCAUCACUGUCGAUGGCUGCCCCGUUCAAAUUCGCAUGAACCUCUAUGAUGCCCUGAAGAACAUAAGAAAACCAACCGAAGACCAGCGGCUCCGGGUGGAUGCAAUAUGUAUCAACCAGUCAGACGUCCAAGAGAAGAGCCAGCAAGUCGCCAUGAUGGGCGAGAUAUUUACAAACGCAGUCGGUGUCAUAUCGUGGCUCGGCCCAGCCAGAGACGAUAGUAAUUUGGCUAUAUAUAUGAUGUUCCACAACGACACACCAGAUUCCUCUAACAAAGACUCACGCGAGUUGAAAACCCUACUUCCCCUCUGUCGUCGAAGAUACUGGCGCCGAGUGUGGAUUAUACAAGAACUGCACCUCGCAAAGAGCUAUGUAGUAUGGUGCGGCCACAAAUCCAUCCCCGACCACAGGUUUGAGAGGGCCCUGGCUGGUCUCAACUGCCAGAACGACACGUACAGCGAUGACUUUUCGCAAAGCCCAGCGAAUCAGCACUUGAUGGCUCGAUAUUUCCGCUACAGCGAGAUCAACAAUUUAUAUCGCCGGCUAUCCGUAUGUAUCCGUGGAGAAUUUCAGUGCACGAGGGAGCAGGACAUCAUUUAUGCGCUCCUAAAUAUUUCGACGGAUUAUAAGAGAGUCAAGGAGACUUUCAAGAUCGACUACUCAAAGACACCACGUGACGUCUUUCUGAAGCUUUUGUGUCAGGGGAAUCUUUCCACGUGGCGCCGUGGAGAUGAAGGUAGUUAG